CACCGUCAGGACUGAAGAGGGAACCGUUGGCUUCCCUGUUUGGGAUGUAUCUUACAUUUUUAUAGCGGCACACACGGAGAAGAGGUGUGUGUCCUCUCUUUCUCUCUCUCUCUCUCUCUCUGAUUUCUCUCUGCUCUCUGUUGGCGUUGGGUGGGAACACACAUCAGGGAUUGUAGCCGUUCGGAUUUAAAUCGGGACGUUUACAAAUGAAUGGAAAUCACCACCGACCAGGACCAAGGAGCCUAUUCCACCUCCACCCACCCCGAGCUUCCCCGGUGCCCGCUGUGAUUUAGUUCUCUGUUAACACUGGGACAAGCGUCUGCCCACCGACUGACUUCACGCGCGCCGGGCAGCAACAUUGAGAAGAAUGGAAGCGUUUUUCGCGGAGGGGGCCCGUGUAUGGGUCAAGGAGAAGGAGCAGCUGGUCCCCUCUACUGUUAGCUCCUGUGGAGACGGAACCCUGGUCCUCACUACCGACUAUGGAGAGGUGUUGUAUCUCCAGCAGGCUGAAGUGACAAGAGAGAGAGUGUACGCUAUGCAUCAGUCCAGUAUAGAUGGGGUGGAGGACAUGUCCACUCUGGCAGAACUACACGAAGCUGCCAUCAUGCACAACCUCUACCAACGCUACCAGAAAGACAGCAUCUAUACCAACAUAGGCAGUAUCCUGGCAGCGGUGAACCCUUAUAAACAGAUCCCAGGCAUGUAUGACCUAGAUAGAGUUGAGCUGUACAGUCGACACCACAUCGGACAACUCCCGCCCCAUAUCUUCGCUGUAGCCAAUGAGUGUUACCGCUGCAUCUGGAAACGACACGACAGCCAAUGCGUCCUCAUCAGUGGGGAGUCGGGGGCUGGUAAGACAGAGAGCACCAAGCUGCUGCUCCAGUUCCUGUCUGUGAUGAGCCAGAACUCUGCUGGGAUGCCUCCUUCUGAGAAGACCACACCAGUGGAACAGUCCAUCGUUCAGAGCAGUCCUAUCAUGGAGGCGUUUGGGAAUGCCAAGACAGUAUACAACAACAAUUCUAGUCGCUUUGGGAAGUUCAUCCAGCUCCACUUCUCCCAGAGCGGGAACAUCCAUGGUGGAUGUAUCGUUGACUAUUUACUGGAGAAGAACCGCGUGGUGAGACAGAACCCUGGAGAACGAAACUACCACAUCUUCUACGCCCUGCUGGCCGGAGCCAACAAGGAACACAGGGAGCUGUAUUUUCUGGAUGACCCUCCUGAGUCAUUCCACUACCUCAGCCAAUCAGGCUGUCUCAAAGACAAGAGCCUGGACGAUAAACAGCUCUUCAACAGCGUCAUGGAGGCGCUGAAGGUGAUGGAGUUCACUGAGGAGGAGACCAGAGACGUGUUCAAACUGCUGUCUGGAGUCCUACAGCUGGGCAACAUUCAGUUCAUGACCGCCGGAGGAGCGCAGAUCACCACCAAACAGGUGCUCAGUAAUGUCAGUGAGCUACUCGGGCUGGACUGCUUCCAGCUGUCUGAGGUGCUGACGCAGAGAUCCAUGAUCCUCAGAGGAGAAGAGAUAUGCUCUCCGCUCACCAUAGAACAGGCGGUGGAUUCCCGGGACUCUGUCUCCAUGGCUCUGUAUUCCCAGUGUUUUUCCUGGAUCAUUCUCCGGAUCAACCAGAAGAUCAGAGGGAAAGACAACUUCAAGUCCAUCGGAAUACUGGACAUCUUCGGCUUCGAGAACUUCCAGGUGAAUCGGUUUGAGCAGUUCAACAUCAACUACGCCAACGAGAAGCUCCAGGAGUACUUCAACAAACACAUCUUCUCCCUGGAACAACUGGAGUACAACAGAGAGGGAGUCCAGUGGGAAGCCAUAGACUGGAUGGAUAACGCUGAGUGUCUGGACCUCAUAGAGAAGAAACUUGGGAUGCUAGCGUUGGUCAACGAGGAGAGUCGCUUCCCCAAAGGGACAGACUUCACACUGCUGGAGAAACUACACAGCAGGCACUCUACAAACCCUUACUAUGUGAAGCCUCGACUGGCUGACCAUCAGUUUGGCAUCAGGCACUAUGCUGGAGAGGUUCUGUAUGAUGUCACCGGGGUUCUGGAGAAGAACAGAGAUACAUUCAGAGACGACAUCCUCAACAUGCUGAAGGAGAGCAAACUGGACUUCAUCUAUGAUCUGUUUGAGAGAGUAGGCAGCAGGAACAGUGAGGAGACUCUGAAGAUGGGAACAGCCAGACGCAAGCCUACCGUCAGCUCACAGUUUAGGGACUCUCUCCAUUCCCUCAUGGGCACUCUGAGCGUGUCCAACCCUUUUUUUGUGCGCUGCAUCAAACCCAACAACGAGAAGAACCCUAGCGUGUUUGACCCGGAAGUGGUUCUGAACCAGCUGAGGUAUUCUGGAAUGUUAGAAACAGUUAAGAUCCGCCGGGCCGGCUUCCCUGUCCGCAGAACCUUCAAAGACUUCAUCAGCCGGUAUCAGAUCAUUCUACAAGAGAAGGGGGGUGGAGCGGGGGAUGAUAAGAAGAGGAGUACAGACCUGCUGACCAAAUACGACCGUGCCAAGAAGGAGUGGCAGCUGGGAAAGACCAAGGUGUUUAUGAAGGAGUCUCUGGAACAGCAUCUGGAGAAAGAGAGAGACGAGGUUCGCCGUAAAGCAGGCAUGGUCAUCAGAGCCCACAUCCUCACCUACACCGCCAGGAAGCACUUUAAGCGUGUGAAGGAGAGCGUCGUCACCCUCCAGGGGUACCUUCGUACCCACAUACAACGGAAAUGGUUUCUACGGCGAUGCUUGGCGACGCGGGUACUCCAAAAACACAGACGAGGACAGGUGGCCCGCGCAAGCUGCCGUCAACUCAGAGACGAGAGGAGGAAGAGAGAGGAGGAGGAGAGGAAGAAGAGAGAACAGGAGGAGGGAGGCGUAGAGGCCGCUCAGGGUUCUGAGAAGAAGGAAGGAAAGACGGAAGAAGAGGCCCGUCAGAUGGAGGAGAUCUUGCGUAUAGAGUUGGAGAUCGAGCGCCUACAGAAACAGAGGGAGGAUGGGGUCUCCCAGCUCUGUGAGUCCUCCAGGCAGGAGCUCCGGCUACGCCGGGACGCAGAGAUCAAGAGGCUGAAGAAGGAGGCCUCUCGUAAGGCCACAGAACUAAUCGACCUCCUGGACUUUGGAGGUCUGGAUCCCAGUUUAGCCACCGCUGCUAGCGCUAGCGCAGAGCGGCUCCAGGAGGGGCCAGGCAUGGCCACAGCCGGAACCCAGGAGGAGGAGGUUGAUGAGGGCUUCCAUGCCGAGGAGGAGUGCACUGUCCCUCUCCUCCCAGACUUCCCUCCUCCAGCCGAGGCUGACGCUGCCGUGGACCAGGAUAUGUUCGCCCACCUGCCUCCCCCUCCACCUGCCUUCGCUGAGGGCUCUACUGCUACACCACCUCCCCCUCUCCUCGAUUCAUCCUCACCCACUCCCGUCCCUCCCCCGCCUCCCCCCUUACCAGCUGGAGAUGGCUCUGACACCCCUCUCCCACCUCCCCCCCCACCACUGCCUCCUGAAGAGGGGGAGGGAAAAGGAAAAGAGGGGGAGAAAAAAGAGGGUGAUGGAGGGAGGACGAGUAUCUUGAGCCUCGGAGAAGGGGAGGAGCCGAUCUACAGCAUGCCGGUCGACAGCGGCGAAUCAGAUUACGACGAGGAGGAGGGCUCUGUCACCGCGGGAGACGAUGGUUCCGCAUCCGGGCAGAAUAGCAACAGAGGCAGCGCGGCCAUGACAGAGGAAGAAGCUCUGAGGAAGUCCACGUGCACCAACGCCAGCAUAGAGUCAUACAAGGGCAGCUCUGACUCAUACAUAGAGAGUGAUGAUGAGCAUGAUGGGCUGUUGGACACAGAUGAGGAGGUACACAACGGCAGGGUCACUCUUCUCAACGGGAACGGACCUCCGUACUUCCAUAGCUACCUCUACAUGAAGGCUGGUCUGAUGAUUCCAUGGCGCAGGCGGUGGUGUGUGUUGAAGGAUGAGACCUUCAUGUGGUUCCGCUCCAAACAGGAGUCCCUCAAGUCUGGCUGGCUCCAUAAGAAGGGAGGAGGACUGUCCACUCUGUCCCGCAGGUUGGGGAACUGGAAGAUGCGUUGGUUUGUUCUGAGGGAACACAAACUGAUGUACUUUGACAACGACAGCGAGGAGAAACUGAAGGGAACCAUCGACAUCCGCGCCGCCAAGGAGAUCGUGAACAACCAUGAGAAGGAGAAUGCGUUGAACAUCGUGACAGAUGAGAGGACGUACCAGGUGUUUGCUGAGUCGCCAGAAGACGCCAGUGCGUGGUAUAACGUCCUCAGUAAGGUUCAUGUGUAUACUCCCGAGCAGCUGAUGGACAUGUCUCAUGAACAGGCCAACCCCAAGAACGCUGUGGGAACUCUGGACGUGGGGCUGAUUGACUCAGUCUGUGCCUCUGAUAACCCAGACAGGCCCAACUCCUUUGUGAUCAUCACAGCGAACCGUGUGAUCCACUGUAACACUGACACUCCAGAGGAGAUGCACCACUGGAUCAGCCUGCUGCAGAAACCUAAAGGAGAUGCCAAGAUAGACGGACAGGAGUUCCUGGUUAGGGGUUGGCUCCAGAAGGAGAUGAAGACAGGAACUAAGAGUAAUGUUCUGAAGCUGAAGAAACGCUGGUUCGUGUUAACCCAUAACUCCCUGGAUUACUACAAGAGCUCUGAGCGAAACUCCUCCAAGAUGGGAACCCUCGUCCUCAACUCCCUCUGCUCUGUCUUUCAACCUGAGGAACGAGUGCACAGAGAGACAGGGUACUGGAACAUCGUAGUGCACGGUAGGAAGCACUCGUAUCGCCUCUACACCAAGAUGCUGAAUGAAGCUCUGAGAUGGAUAGCAGCCAUACAGGCAGUGAUAGACAGCAAGACACCCAUAGAAACACCGACACUACAGCUCAUCAGAGAUAUCAAGGACAGCAGUCUGAACCCUGAGGCAGUUGAGCAGACCUACAGGAGGAAUCCUAUCCUCAGAUACACUCAGCACCCUCUACACUCCCCCCUACUGCCACUACCCUACGGAGAAGUCAUCCAGAGGCAGCAGGGCUAUGCCAGUCUUCAGGAUGAAGCGAUCCGAGUGUUUAACUCUCUUCAGGAGAUGGAGACUCUGGCAGACCCUGUUCCUAUCAUACGGGGGGUACUGCAGACCUGUCAGGACCUGAGACCUCUCCGAGACGAGGUAUACUGUCAGGUGAUCAAGCAGACCAAUCACGUGCCUCAGCCCAAUCAGCCCAAUCAGCGGGCUCAUUGGCACCUCCUCACCUGUAUGAGCUGUACCUUCCUCCCAAGCCGGACCAUCCUCAGAUACCUGCGCUUCCACCUCAAAAGGGUGCGAGAGCAUUUCCCCAACACAGAGAUUGAGCGUUAUUCUGCUUUUAUCAAUGAGUCUCUGAAGAAGACCAAGACCAGGGACUUUAUUCCGUCUCAGGAGGAGAUUGUGGCCCUACUGGUGAGGCAGGAGAUGACAACUACAGUCUACUGCCAUGGAGGAGGCUCCUGCAAGAUCUCUAUCAAUUCACACACCACCGCUGGAGAGGUGGUGGAGAAGUUGAUCCGCGGCCUGGCCAUGGAGGACAGUAGGAAUCUGUUCUCUCUGUUUGAGCACAACAAGGUGACGGACCGAGCUCUGGAGAGCAGGGUCAUAGUGGUUGAUGUCCUCGCCAAGUUUGAGAGGCUGUCAGGGACUGAGGAGGAGGAGGAGGAAGGACAGUGGAGACUCUAUUUUAAACUUUACUGUUUCCUCGACAUGGAGAGCAUGCCUAAGGAGGGGGUGGAAUUUGCCUUCAUGUUUGAGCAGGCCCAUGAGUCUCUGAUCAGUGGUCACUUCCCGGCCCCAGAGGAAACUUUGCAGCAGCUAGCCGCUUUACGGCUGCAGUAUCUCCAUGGAGACGGGGCCAGCCGCGCUGGGUGGAGCCUCGGUAGUGUUUACCCAAUGGGGCGCCUCCGCACGCGCAUCUUCCACUCCACCAAACAGGGAGGCGCGGCAGGAGGAGAGGCAGGAGGAGGGCAGGUGGGAAGUGUCAAGGGGGACGGGCAGGAUAGAAGGAGAACCCCCAGCUUCCUGGAUGGAAGUCUGAGGCGCAGCUUCAAGACGGGCUCCCUGAAGAAACAGAAGGAGGAAGAGGGGCAGCAGGUAGAGAUGUGGGUGAAGGAAGAGACAUCGGCCACCAGAGCCCAUGUUUUGGAUAAAUGGACCAAGUUACAGGGACUCGCCCAGCACCAGGCUCUGCUCAAAUACAUGUCCAUCGUCAAAGAGUGGCCCGGAUAUGGCUCUACACUGUUCGACGUGGAGUGUAAGGAAGGAGGUUUUCCCCAUGACCUGUGGCUGGGUGUGAGUGCUGACAACCUGUCUGUGUAUAAGAGAGGGGAACCCAAACCUCUGCAGACGUUCCAGUAUGAGCAGAUCACCUUCUUUGGAGCUCCACAACCCUGCACCUACCAGAUCACUGUCGACGGCAACGACUUGUUCUUCCACACUCCAUUGGUGAUGGAGAUUGCUAAGAUCAUGAAAGCCUACAUCAACAUGAUGGUGAAGAAACGCUGCAGCAUUAUGUCUGUCUCCAGCGUCGCCAGCGCCUUCGUCAGGUGAUCAACCAGCAGCCAAUCAGGGCCCUCUAUUCAACAGCACAGGCCUAUCAGAGUGAGGCAGGAAGUGGAUACAAUCCACGGAUUGGUUUUUGGUGGAGUCAGCUGAUCUUGGGGAGGGGAAACCACAAAACAGUGGACAGCGAGGGAUCUAAAAUGGGAUCCGAUUUCACAAAGCGAAAAGGGGAUGGACACUGCAGCUAACUAUUCUAGACUUGGGAAUUGGGUGGAUUGGGUUAAAUAUCUGUUCGUUAACAAUGAGCAUGGAAAAUGACCCACCACCAACCCCCAGUUAUCCUGCAUGUCACUGUCUUACAGACAGCAGGUCCAGCACAUUCUAACUCAACCUUACUUCAUCUAAAUAUCUCUUAUUACUCCUUUUAUAUCAAUCUCUAAUCUCUCUCUCUCUCCUCUGUCAUCCCUCUCUCUCUGUUCUCUCUGGACCAAACCCAUACCAACGACAAGCACAAUAGCCCAGUCAAACCAUACCACCCGCAAAGCUCCGUCGCCCCCUUCUCCACCCCGAUAACACACGCCCCGUCGCAGUCCCAACACACUGCCAGCUAGGAGAGAUCAAAUGAAGCCUGUUACUAUUUCUAUCUUCCUUCCUCUGUCUCUUACCCUCUCUCCCCCCAUUUGAUGAAACUCUCUUUUUCUCUGUCUGUGUGUCCCAUUUCGCCUCUCUUUACAGUUACGUGUUAAUUUAUUCUCUGUUGCUUGCUUGCUUCCUUUCCUCUCUCUUUCUCUCACUCACUCUCUCGUUCAUCUGCUGUCAUCCGUGGUGACUGAGAUAAAGGACUCAAUGUGUUUUGUAUUUUCAUCUCGGGGUCAAAUGGAAAAUCAGGUUCCUUCUUCAUCAGACUGCACAGUACUUACUUCCUGUGUCAAAGGAAGUGACAUGACAUAUGGUCAAAGGAAGUGACCUCACACAAACCCCCUCAAGAGAACCAGGGCUGGAGGCCCACCCAGGGCCUUCUCCCCAGGAUCAUCCUGACUCAGAGGCUCUUUCAAGGGGUAGCUGUCUGGCUCGGUCUGGGGGGAGGCUCCGUGGGUGUGGAGAGGUCUGGAGGAGAGAAUGAUGCUAAAGAGUGACAAAAGUCGACUACAAGAUCAACCAAGGGAGAUUGAGAGAGCUGUCUCCUGUAAUAUGUCUACUAUGAACAUCACAUAUAUAACAUAUUCACGUCCAACCUACACAUACACACAUACACUAAUCAAACACUUAGCGUUCUUGUAUAUCGCAACUCAUAGGAACCCUACAUAGAUUUUGGUGGUCACCGUACUGUAUGUAUAUAAAUAUCAUUAUAAAUGCCAUUUGAUUAAUUUAUUGUAUGUGUAAACUAAAUGCGAAGGAACAGAGAUAUUCACUGCUGUAUGUCUAAUAUGCCAACGCACCCUUAUUCACUAGCAAUGCCAUCUGACUAAAUCACAGAUAUAUAGAGGGGUUUCACUUCUUGAUGUAGAAUGGGUAGAGUUCAGUCGCGGCGGCCAUAUUGGAUUGGUAGGGCGGUUUGGGAUGGUUGCCUACAUGCGUUUUUCUGUGCUCUAGUGAAAUGUAGCCUCCGUAUCAUCCAUCUGGCUCACGUUUCCAUAUCGGUGGGUACUUUUUAAAAAACACGAGGAAUCUAGUCAUGUCUUCUCUACCCAUUCUGCUUCUACGCUAUGUGACUGUUCUCCAGUUCAUGUGUGAAUAGAACCUGUUUUAAGUCAUGUGACUAGUGUACUGUACGUUCCCAGUGUCUCCCGUCCUGCAGUGCUGUGUUUGGAAUGCUAACGUGAGCGUGUGUAUCUGUGUCAUAAUGCAAGUGACUAACUAACUACCCCACCGGGGGAAGAAGGGAACCAUAUGAAGAAAAGAAAGAAAGUGUGUUGUUGACAAAUAACAGUAUUAUGUAUCUGGGUAACCUUUAUAAGAGAAUGGUGUUGUGAUUGUGAUUUUAAAUGGGGAAGAGUUUGGGAAUGGAAGAAGGGAGGGAGAGGGUGGAGGAUGGGGUAUUUAUUUGUUAGAAUUAUUGCAGAGGGAGGGAGGGGAUAUGGUUACAGUAUGGAAUUCUUUUAAAGAAGAGAAGUUCACACAUUGAGGAGGUAUGCAUCUUGGAAAUAGGAAUAGUUGGAAUAUGAGAAUUCUGGGAACAUGGGAAUUGUGUUUGUUUCUGACUGUGUGUCGUCACUUGCUUGUGGGCCUAAGCCCACUGGAGAACCAGUCUAUAGAAUCAGAAUUACUGGAAAGGACAUUCCAACUCAGAACAACAUUACAUCCUGUGUUCCACUGGACCAUUUGGAAUGACUGAAAAAUCCAGUUUUUGCGGGCCAGUGUAGCCUACAUGAAUACAUGUUUUUGGCAGACAGGUUGGAAUGUCAAUUAUCAUCAAAUCCAGUCAAAUUCGGGAACUGUGUCCUAUCUAGGUAUUCUCUUUCUAUGGCCCUGCCUCUCACACUGCUAGUACACAGAGUAAGACGACGUUGCCUCUUGACACUGAUCUAAGGCAAUGGAAGCUGCUGAGGGGAAGAAGGCUCAUAAUAAUGGCUGUAACUGAGCAAAAGGAAUAGCAUUAAACACAUGGAAACCAUGUGUUUGAUGUAUUUGAUACCAUUCCAUUGAUUUUGCUCCAUUACCACAUGCCCGUCCUCCCCAAUUAAGGUGCCACCAACCUCCUGUGAUCUAAGGUCAGUUUUGCAUUUCACACCCAAAUGGUAAGGGUACGCUGAUCCUAGAUCUGUGUCUAUGAGCAACCUCUAUACCGGGGUCCUUUCCCAGCCGCAGGCGGCCAGAGCAGGCCCUGACUGUAAUCUGUCAUGGUUCAUAUUAAUUAUUAUCAUUAUAUAUUGAAACAUUGUGAUUGUUUUGAGAGAAAACCGAGAAAGAGAUAGAAAAUAGUUGUUGUUCUUUUUUUAUUUGUAACUGGCUUUACAAACUUAUGCUUUAAUAAAUUAUCGGAAAUUG